GGGGUGGAGACAUUUAGUAACUUCUAGCCAAAAGAACUAAAUUUGUAAUUUUCAUGGAAUGUGAAUUUUAUGCACCGGUGUGAUGUAAACAAACAUGGCGGCAAGUUCGGUAUUUCUUGUGAUGGUUAGCGGCCAAAUUGAAUCUGCAGAGUUUCCUGAGUUUGAUGAUAUUUACUGUAGAUAUUGCUUCACAUAUGGACAAGAUUGGCUCAUAACAUCUGGCUUGGAGGAGGGAAUUACUCAAGUAACGAAGAAAAGUCAGGAUGAAAGACAACAGUUUGUAUGGAACUUCCCUCUUGAUGUCACAUUUAAAAGUACAAACCCACAUGGAUGGCCUCAGGUUGUUGUGCAUUGCUACGGUCCUGAUGUGUUUGGAACAGAGGUUGUAAGGGGAUAUGGUGUUUGUCAUAUACCAAUCACACCUGGAAGACACAAGAGAAAACUGGCCAUGUUUGUGCCGGAAUCAUCAUCAACAUUACAGAAGUUUACCUCCUGGUUCCUAGGUCGACGCCCAGAGUACAUAGACCCUCGGGUUAUUUCACAGGGAGAGGGAAGAGAAGUAACGAGAGUAAGAUCUCAAGGAUUUGUGACAGUGUCCUUCAAUGUUGUCAUGAAAGAUUUGAAGAAGCUUGGAUACGAUGUACUGCCAUCAGAUGUAUCUACUGUCAAUGUGCCAGAAAAUGUCGGCAUGGCAACAACGGAAGCGUGAUCUACACAAUUUCUCCCAUUUAAUUUAUUUGAAAUGAUCUUAAUGCAAAAUUCUGUGAUAUUGCUGAGAAACAUGAUAAAUGUUAGGUAUACAAUAGAACAGCUAUUGAAGAAACAAACAGAUUACACGUAUGUUCAGACAGAGUGCUUGUUUCAUGUCAGAUUAUUUUAAUUGAAUAUAUUCAAUAUGAUUGAUAUCAUGGGUUUAAUUGAAAAAUAAAGGUUUGAAAGAGUUUGGGUAAAUAUUUAAAGUGUUAUCAAAAGAACAAAGGCCAAAGAUAAAAGAUGUAUAGACUUAUAUUGAAUAUUGAGAUUAAUAAUCAGUAUAAUUGCAGCUUUUAUCAAGUAAUCAUUUAUUCAGAAGUAUUCAAACUGAAAUGGCAUUGUCAUAUAAUGCUACAACAAAUAGAGGCUGGUAGAUGGGGAUUUAGCAACUUCAAACUAAGCUAAUAUUUGAUUUUAUUAUGCCCACCUUCGAAGAAGGAGGGGUAUAUUGUUUUUCAGAUGUCUGGUCGGUAUGUAGACCAAUCCAUUUCCGGAUGAUAUCUCAAGAACGCUUGGGCCAAGGAUCAUGAAAAUUGAUAGGGAGGUUUGUCAUAACAAGCAGAUGAACCAUAUUGAUUUUGAGAUCAGUAGGUCAAAGAUCAAGGUCACAGUGACCCGUAAUGGAUAAAUGGUUUCUGGAUGAUAAGUCAAGAAUGCUUGGGCCUAGGAUCAUGAAAGUUGAUAGGGAGGUUGGUCAUGACCAGCAGAUGACCUCUAUUGAUUUUGAGGUCAGUAGGUCAAAGGUCAAGGUAACAGUGACCCAGAACAGUUAAAUGGUUUCCGGAUGAUAACUCAAGAAUGCUUAGGCUUAGGAUCAUGAAAGUUGAUGGGGAGGUUGAUCUUGACCAGCAGAUGACCCCUAUUGAUUUUUAGAUCAGUAGGCGGAAGAUCAAGGUCACAGUGACCCGGAACAGUUAAACUGUUUCUGGAUGAUAACUUGAGAACGCUUAGACUUAGGAUCACGAUACUUGAUAGGGAGGUUGAUCAUGGUCAGCAGAUGAUACCUAUUGAUUUUGAGGUCAGUAGGUCAAAGGUCAAGGUCACAGUGACCUGGAACAGUUAAAUGGUUUCAGAAUGAUAACUCAAGAACUCUUAGACCUAGGAUCACGAUGCUUGAUAGGGAGGUUGGCCAUGACCAGCAGAUGACCACUAUUGAUUUUGAGGUCAAUAGGUCAAAGGUCAAGGUCACAUUAACCCGAACAGUUAAAGCGUUUCCGGAAGAAUGCUUGGGUCUAGGAUCACGAGACUUAAUAGGGAGGUUGAUGAUCAUGACCAGCAGAUGACCCCUAUUGAUUUUGAGGUCAAUAGGUCAUAGGUCAAGGUCAGCAUUGACACAGAACAGUAGAACUGUUAUGCACAGUGACCAAAUGAUUUCUGUUCCUUGUGCAAUUACUGAAUGCAUCAAGGGGGCAUUUCGUGUUCUACGAGCUCUUGACGAAAAUUAAUACAUGUCUUCUAAGUUAUGCUACCCAUGUAUUGCACAAACCAAUACUAGUUUAAUUCUUAUUGUUAUAGUUGUUGGUAUAAAUUUCACUGAAAAUAUAUUCUGUGUAAAUUAAUAUCUUGUUACCAUUUUUUGGAAAAUAAGGGAUAGCUUUACUACCAUUGUGAGGCAGGUGCCAUUCAGCUUUAUUCUUCAUCAUGACAUGUAUAUGAAAUAGCAUGCAUGUCAAUGCAAAAUAAAGAAAAAAGAUUUUCAAAAGAAAUGAUAUUUGUGUUCUAAAUCUUAGAUUUUAGCUGAGUUAGAAAUUCAAACAUUGUACAUAAUAAAUGUUUGUGCAGCAACUGGAAGAAAAUCAGGAUAUUUCUUUUCAGUAGGUGAUACAGGUAAAUUCUCAUGAACUUUUGACCUUAUUAUUAUCAUGUAGGCACCAGGUAUUUACAUCUUCAAAUAAAGACAUUCUAUGUGAGACCAGUUUGUUAAGAUUCACAGAUGUUUAUGUCAUUUAGUUACUGUAUUGACCUAAGGCUAUGAUUGUAGUACAUGUAUUUUUUUAGGAAUGAAAAAUAAAUUCUUAUAUAUA